GGGAGAUAAGAGGGAGAAACAGUGCAAGCUAGUUAGCUGAAAAAGUACGGUGACAUUUUGUCACAUUCUAGACCUCUCCGCUAAUUCAAGAGAAUAUUCUCUGCCACUUCUAGGUGUAUCAAUCCAUACUGUGUUAGCUGCAAAGACGGUGGUGUGCUCCAUACUACAUUGUAACAGUUUAUACAUUCACACUGGUGAUGUCUGGUCCACAGGUGGUUCUGGUCACUGGCUCCACCCGUGGCCUGGGGUUAGCCAUAGUGCAGGCGUUGUGCCAGGGCUUUAAAGGGGAUGUGUAUCUGAGUGCCCGGGACGUCCCGAGGGGGGCCAUGGUUGUCGAGGAUCUGCAGAGGAAGGGACUCAAGCCCAGACUCCUCCAGCUGGACAUCACAGACCCGGUCAGCAUCCAGGCGGCCCGGCAGCAUUUCAUGAAGGAGUACGGGGGUCUGGAUGUGCUGAUCAACAACGCAGGCAUCGCCCCAAAACGAGGUGACCCUGCAUCCUUUGGCAGCCAAGCAGAACGCAUUCUCCAAACCAACUUCUUCGCCACCAGAGACAUGUGCAAUGAAUUUCUCCCUCUCCUGAAGAAAGAUGGGAGGAUAGUGAAUGUUGCCAGCAUCGUGGGCUAUAUCACCCUCUAUAUGUGUUCUCCGGACCUCCAGGCCAGGCUCUGCAGUGAUGACAUCACAGAGGAGGAGCUAGUGGCUCUGAUGAAGCGCUUUGUUGCCGAGGCCAAAGCUGGAGACCACAUCAACAAGGGCUGGCCAAAUUCAGUCUAUGGGGUAUCCAAAAUAGGCCUGAUGGCCCUUACCCGGAUCCAGGCCCGCAGGCUAAGAAGAGAGAUGCCCCAGAGAGGAAUUCUGAUAAACUCCUGCUGCCCAGGCUGGGUGAAGUCUGACAUGACCUAUCCCAAUGGGACCAAGACGCCUGCGGAGGGGGCUGACACACCUGUGUACCUGGCGCUGUUGCCUCCAGCAACACUGGAGCCCCAGGGGGAGUUUGUAGUGGAUAGACAGGUACAGGUAUGGGCGGGGUCACCAACAGGUGCAACAAUUGAUGAGGGACUCUGACUUAGGACCCUUUCAUCUGCUGCUAUAAUAUAUACAAGUAACUGCCAAAAUAAAGGAAACAGCAACAUAAAGUGUCUUAGUAGGAUGUAGGCCUAGGGUGUCAGAACAGAUUCAAUGCACCUUGGCAUAGAUUCUACAAGUGUCUGGAACUAUAUCGGAGGUGUGCGACACCAUUCUUCCUCAAGAAAUUCCAUUAUUUUGUGCUUUGUUGAAGGUGGUGGAAAACGCUCUCAGGCGCCACUCCAGAAUCUCCCAUAUAAGUGUUCAAUUGGGUUGAGAUCUGGUGACUGAGAUGGCAAAUGGUUUACAUCGUUUUCAUACUCAUCAAACCAUUAAGUGACCACUCCUGCCCUGUGGAUGGGGGCAGUGGCGUAGGCACGGGUGGGCCUGGGUGGGCGCAAGUCCACCCAAUCAGAUUGAGCAAAAAAUUAUUAUUAUAUUUUCCAAAUGGGACAUUAUUUUUCUUUUUACCUAAGAACAGUACUUGACCUGGGCAGGAGUUCACCGGAAAUGAGUACCCAGCACCUCAAAUGUUCUUCUGCUUGAGUUCCUUCACCUCCUAUAGAAUGUUAGCACAAAAGUAUUUGAGUUCACUUAAAUAUAAAUAGUACCGGCACCCAAAAUGACUAUCGGCACAUAUUUCAGUCCAAGUCUAGCACUGGUCUAAACAUGCAUACACCAUCAGAUAGAAUUCAUAGCAAGCAGUAGGGAGGGGGUGGGACAUCGAAAGGGAUAUUUAUAUUAAUAAUAAUACAUUUUAUUUGGCAGAUGCUUUUCAGGACACUCAAUGACAUCUUACAUAAAAUCGAGUGCUGUACUAAAAUCUAUUUUAAUUUAGUCUUAUAUAAUUAAUUUGAAUUAUUAUUGAUUAUUUACUGUUAAACUAAUUCAAAAAAACUAAACAAUCAGCUUAUCAAUUUCUAAAUAAAGGGUGGGUUCUGGCUUGUGUCACUUCAUACUGAUACCAUGUGCUGUAAACCGUAGCUAUUGCUGUGUUGGCUAGGCUACACUGUGUAGGCUACUCACUGUUAGCUAGCUAAGACUCACUAGUCAACUUAGCUAGCAAAAACAAGUAAAAUGGCCAAACAAAGCUCAGUGUACAUUUUUUUAAAGAGACCGUGCAUAGAAGAGGAUGUUGGAGAAUUUGCCAAGUUAUUUGAUAUCAGUGAUUUUGCCAUGAAGGCCGGCCAGUCCCCCUGUAUCAAUCACUGAUUGCAUUGGUCUAAUCAAGGGCCUUAAAGAGAUUUUCAGUACAUUCAGAGACAACGAUCAGCACUACAACAAUGUUUUCAUUCAACACUUUCAGAAAUCAUGCUCUUAACCACUAGACUAUAUCAGGGCAUCAUGUUCUAGUCUAAUAGGUCUAUGGUUUAUUAUGUGCCAUCAACAGAUUUCUGCCUACGCCACUGGAUGGAGGCAUUGUCAUCCUAUAGCCCAAAUAAUGGCCUGGACAGCAUUUUAUACAUGACCCUAAGCAUGAUAGAAUGUUCAUUGCUUGAUUAACUCAGGAGCCACACCUGAGUGGAAGUGCUUUCAAUAUACUUUGUAGGCCUUCCCUCAUCAACUCGUUUCCAUUAUUUUGGCAGUUAUAUAUAUAUAUAUAUAUAUAUAUAUAUAUAUAUAUAUAUGUGUGUGUGUGAAUUAACCAUAAGGUAUUGGUGUAUAAUAACCAUUUAAUAACCACAUCAGUAAAGAGCAAUUAAAAAAACAUUGUAAUUUGUCUUUUAUUUGCAGUUUAUCUACUGCACAGUGAAGUGUUUGCAGAGCCAGAGGAUAUGGUUGAUGUCCACUGAAUAGUUAAACACAUCACUUCAUUGUCUCAGAAAUGACUGUAAAAAUGUAAUGAAAACGAGCCAGGGGAUAGGUUGAUGUGCACGGAAUAGUUAAACACGUUACUUAAUUGUCUCUGUAAACAUGUAAUGAAAACGAUUGGUUGAUAAAAAAGUAAACAUAUUAAACAUGCAGCUUGUUUGCA